GUGUGUGUGUGUAUCGCGUACUGAUCAUAUUACUGAGUCCUAAAACAACCUGAAGUGACCUGUACACUGGAAAACACGAGAAGCUUCUCGCAUCGCGACAACUACUUUCGGUUUGUUAUUUCACACUCUCGGACAUCGGGCUGUACAGAGCAGGUGAUUGUGAACGCUGCACCGGGGUUUGGAAGGAUGGGUUCACUCGGCGUUCUGCUCGGUGCCUUCCUCACUGCUGCGAUUAUUCCCACAGUGAGCAGCAAGACGGGGCUGAACGCAACAUACGGCGAGACCAUCACCAUCCCCUGCAAUAACGGCGACAACCAACCGGCAGAUCUGGUCUUCACCAAGUGGAAAUACACGACUAAAGACGGCGUUUCGGAAGAUCUCUUGGUGAAGCAGUCUCAGAAGGAUGAGGCGAAGAUCACGGCUCCGGACAGCUACAGGGCUCGAAUCAGCAUCUCGGCCGACUCCAGCCUGCUGAUCCAGAGUGGGACCCUGCAGGACGAGAACGUCUUUACCUGCAUCGUGGUCACAGUAGCCAAUCUCAAGGAAUAUCCUGUAGAUGUUUAUGUGCACAAGCGUCCUUCAGCACCUGAAUUCAGGAACAAAGCGCGUCGACUCGAAGAUGGCAAACUGAUGCCGCUGGGAGAGUGUGUAGCCCUGAAUGCGAACCCUCCAGCAGAAAUCACCUGGGUAAAGAAUAACAAGACGCUCGUGGCCGACGACAAGACGAUCGUGAUCAAAACCAGCGUAACCAAGGACCCGGUCAGCAGUUUGUCCACCACCACGUCCGGUUUGCAGUAUAUGGCUGGGAAACAGGAUAUGACGUCGAAGUUCGCUUGUGUGGUGAAGCACGUGACUGGGUCAGACCAGGUGUCUGCUCCUGAGAGCUUCAGCAUUCAUUAUCCCACCGAGAACAUGAGUCUGCAGGUUCUCUCUGCGGCUCACAUCAGAGAGGGAGACGACGUGACGCUGAAAUGCCAGGCGGAUGGAAACCCGCCUCCUACCAGCUUCAACUUUCAUUUCAAGGGUAAGACGGUGUCUGUGACCGACUCAGACGUUUACACCCUGACCAACGUGAGCCGAGCCGACUCUGGAGAAUACAAAUGCUCUCUGUUGAACAAUGACAACAUGGGGGCGUCUGCGACAGUCACGGUGACCUACCUGGAUUUGUCACUCAGCCCAUCAGGAAAAGUUCUGAAGAAGUUUGGUGAAUCUUUAGAGGUGAAGCUGGAAAAGAACGCCUCCAGUGAAGCCACAGUGUCCUGGACCAAGGACAACGGCAAGCUUGACAAACUGCCCCACUUUAGCCCACUCACAUACAAACAUGCAGGCUUGUAUACAUGUGCGGCGUCUGCAGACGGGAUCGAACGCACGGCCUUCUUCGACCUGGUGGUAGAAGGUACCCCUGUGAUCAAGAGUCUGACGAAAGAGUCCAGCAAAGACGGAAAGAAGAAGGUGUUGGUGUGUGUGGCAGAAGGAGCACCUGAACCUGAAGUGCAGUGGAGCGUCAAUGGAACUCAUAACAAGGUCCCGUACGCCGGAGGAUUUACCACCUACAAGCUGACCAUUGUGCCCAGUACGAAUCUGACCGUCACCUGCACGGUCAGCAAUAAACUGGGCGUGAACAGCAGGGACAUCGAUGUGUCAUCAGUAUUUAAGGAGGACAGCGAGGGAAGAACAGAUAACGAGGGCGAUAAGGCGGCGGUGAUCGUGGGUGUCGUGGUUGGCCUGGUCGUGUUGGCCGCAUUGGGGGGAAUCGUCUACUGUCUCUACAUGAGGAGAAGACAAGGGACCUGGAAGACGGCCGAGAAGGAGCUGGGCAACUCGGAGGAGAGCAAGAAGCUCGAGGAGAACAAUCACAGACCUUAAAAUCUGGGAACGAGCUGCAGGAUCCAGACGCUAAGAAGAAGAGAGGCCUUGUCACACUGAAUGUGCUGUACAACACAACAUACCCAUUUCCCGAUUUCCAACUGCUGACUGGUUUGCAGAGGCUCCCGCCCUGCCGGACACGCGCCCCAUCACAGAAUCGUCCGAAACGUCUCGAGAAAGUCGCCCGAUGUCGUCCGGACGAACAGAAUUCCGAGGAAAAUAAAAAAAACAACCCAC